UCCACCAGGGUCGUCUAUAGUCUUCCCAGUUACCCCAGACUCUUCAGACAUAAUCUCUCUCUCCAGUCGACGAGAUGGCAAUCCUUGCCGCCUCAACAGUCGAGCCGAACAUGGCCCUAUCAAAACGAACUAACACGGCUGCCCUCAUCGGUCCAACGGGGAAGUUUGCCCUCCAUUUGCACCAGACCUUUGCCUCCGUCUCGCUAUUCGUCCUGAUCCGCAUGGGGUUGGCCGCCAACCUCAUCCUGCUCAGCUUCCUCUGCACUACUCGAUUUGUUGCCUUCCGAUCAUCUCUCGCCAUGCGCUUCCUGGCACUCAAAGCCGUUGCGGUCGUGGGAUGGGGAUGCUGGGCCGCCUGGAAAUCCAGAACCUUUACGCGCUUCAGAAAGAAGGUCGAGAUCGAGUUAUACGCCCUCGUCGUGGGACCGGGUGGGAACACACUGUUUCUCCUGCUCUUCUGGCCGGGCUGGAUCGUCUUGCUGGUAGCUCUCUGGGUAAUGAGCAUGUUGUCGUGGUUCUAGGGCGACUGCGUAGCAGCGUCAAUCAAUUUCCGCUUGGACGGAAGAGUAGCCUACAACAUGGCUAACCCUCUCUCAAUGAGCGUCAACGA